AUGAGUAAGUUUGCAAUUCCAACUGAAGCCAAGCACAUACUGGCAGAAUUACGAAAUGAGCUGUUUAAUUCAUUUACAGAUACACCCAUUAACCAGAUGGAUCAUUGUGUUUCAAUAAGUACAUCACAGCAUUCAAUAUCUAUGGAAUUCACAAAUGAAAACGAACCUUCAACCCAAACUUUGGCUAAGAAAUCUCAUAAAAACAAGGGUAUUACAAAGGAAACCAAUGUAAAGCCAUUAUCCGACUUAACCCCCAAAGGGCAAAAGUUGUUCAGAAGUAAAAAUUUGUCAGAAACAUUAAGACGGAGAAAACCAUUCUCAAGAGUCGAUAAGCAAAACAGAAGUUUUAAAAGUAAUUUGCAGUCUAAUAGUACAGCUGAAAAUAUUAUUAAAAGAAAUAGAAGCAUGAUUUGUGCUAAGUGCGGGAUAACUUCAAACGAAGAUUCAUCUUUGACCUUCCAUAGAUUUCCUCUGCCAUCCGUUCGUGAGUCUCUAAAAGCAAAAGUUUGGGCCAAAUUUUGCUUUCCGAACGUAGAUUGUAUCUCUGACCAAUCGCUGCGUAAUUUGUACAAGCAGCAUAAGAUGCUAUGUGGUAAACAUUUCGAUAACUCAUCAUUCACCAGCGGUGAUAGAAAGAGACUGAAUAAGUUUGCCAUUCCAACCGAAGCCCAGCACAUAUUGGCAGAGUUACGAAAUGAGCUGCUUAAUUCAACCACAACCGCAACACAGAAAAUUAAUGUCCUGCCAGUCGUACAUGCGAACGGAAAAGUUGGU